UAGCGUUGGUAGGUCUUCGAAGACAGAAUGGAAGGCCAGCAAAAAAGAACGAUAGAUGAAGCCGAACCAUCACUGCUUGAAGGUGUAAAGGCCCUAAUUGUAGAUAUAGAGGGGACCACGACGCCUAUAGGGUUUGUUAAGGAAACGCUUUUCCCUUAUGUUGAAGAAAAUGUUGAGAGUUUUCUGAAAAAAAGAUUUAGUGAAGAGGAAACCAAAGCAGACAUUGCUGCGCUUCAAGAACUUGCUGCUAAGGACAAGGCUGAUGGUGUGGCUGGUGUCGUAGAGAUUCCCAAGGAAGGCUCGGAAGGUGACAUCGUAACGGCAGUGGUAAAAAACAUCAAGUGGCAAAUGGAUGGGGACAGGAAGACAACGGCUCUUAAACAACUUCAGGGCCACAUCUGGAGGGAGGGGUACAAGACGGGGAAGAUCAAGGCAGAAUUGUUUGAGGAUGUAGGGCCAGCACUGCAGCAGAUAGUAGAUGAAGGCAUCAAUGUGUAUGUGUAUUCCUCAGGCAGUAUCGAGUCCCAGAAACUCUUGUUUGGAAACACAGAGGAGGGGGAUUUACUAGAGCUCUUCACAGAUUUCUUUGACACCACAACCGGAGAUAAGAAGGAAGCGGCCAGUUAUAAAAAAAUCACGGAGAAAAUUGGAGUCAGUGCUGAAGAGAUUUUGUUUCUAACAGACAUGCCUAAUGAGGCCACAGCAGCCUCACAGGCAGGCCUCAGAAGUGCCCUAGUGGCUCGCGAUGGAAACGAGGACUUGACAGAGGAAGAUUUCCAAAACUUCCUGGUGAUUGAGUCAUUCGGAGAAUUGUUUGGUGAUGAUGAGGAAGACUAUAAACGUUUAGAAGGUGAAGAUAAUGGUGAGGUGGAUGAUGAAGAUGAUGAUGAUCUCGAGGAGGAGGAGGAUCUUGGGGAGGGCGAUGAGGAUCCGGAGGAUGAUGACGGUGAAGAUGAGGAUGAUGCGUAGUCUGGUCUGAUGUGCAUACAAGGACAGAUGCACUGUGCAUGUCUGGUUCCCAUUACACCAGACACUUGUGUAGAAGUGUGUGUAUUGUAAACUUGUAGAAUGACUACGUCCCGCUCAGGGCCAUGUGCUGCUGUUUCCCUAGACUAUUCCUUCAAGACAAAUGUUUAAUGUGUGUGGAAGAAUAUCUGAAUGUCAGUUGGGAGAGGAAAUGAAAGAAAAAAUAUUUUUACUUAUUGUCUUGAUGGAAUAGUCCAAUUUACAAUGUAAAAACCAGACUUGUUUUUCCUGCAUUUUACCAGCAGAACAGGUGUAUGUAGAAUGGAUGGUGAAAGGUGUCGUUCUGAUUUAUUAAUUUUUGUCUGUUCAUUGCUUUGUUAAGUAUAUGAUGAUAAAUAAGGGCUGAAUUUCAGUAUGUUCUCAUUUACUGAUUAACCCCGAGUUUUGUGGAUUAUAUGUGAAAAGGCAGCAAUGAGAGUGUUAUAUUAAAUGUUGUUAGGAUUAAUAUUGCUUUGUAAUUUAUUUGUUUCAGACAUCUGUGUGAAUUUUAAAUUACCUUUAAAAAAAAUUACCUAACCUUGAUCAUACUGAUUGUAAAACAAGUCAUAAAAUGUGCAGAUUGAUUGGGCUCUUAACAGUUCACUACCAACUCUGAGUCAAUAUUCAUUUAUGUGUAUAUGGAUUUUCAGCAGUAGUUUGAUUAGGAAUUUGUGUUUGUCUAAAUGUCCAUGUAUCAGAAUUUGUUAGUUCCAUUUUUAGCAUUGAAAUAAUUGUUGCUAUAAUUUUUUAAUUUUUUUUUAAUUUUUUUUUUCGCUUUUACUUUUAUAUACAUACAUGUAAAUGCAAGCAUUGAUAAUAUACUAUCUUUUGACUGUUUUUAUUAGUUUAUAUUUGCACUUCUUUACUCAUGAAAAGAAAUGUCAAUGAAAUCAUUUUAUGGGAUUUAUUUUAAAAUCAUAUCAAAGACAGCAGAUUUUUUCCCACCCAUUUUUAUCAGAAUAAAUAACUGUAGAUAUUA